AUGGAGGACGUGCGCAGCAUCUACACCGUGGGCAAGGAGCUCGGGCGCGGCCAGUUCGGCGUCACCAGCCUGUGCACGCACAAGGCCACCGGGGAGCGGUUCGCGUGCAAGACCAUCGCCAAGCGGAAGCUGUCCACCAAGGAGGACGUGGAGGACGUGCGGCGCGAGGUGCAGAUCAUGUACCACCUCGCCGGGCAGCCCAACAUCGUGGAGCUCAAGGGCGCCUACGAGGACAAGCAGUCGGUGCACCUCGUCAUGGAGCUCUGCGCCGGCGGGGAGCUCUUCGACCGCAUCAUCGCCAAGGGCAAGUACACGGAGCGCGCCGCCGCGUCGCUGCUCCGCACCAUCGUCGAGAUCGUGCACACCUGCCACUCCCUGGGCGUCAUCCACCGCGACCUCAAGCCCGAGAACUUCCUCCUCCUCAGCAAGGACGAGAACGCGCCGCUCGAGGCCACCGACUUCGGCCUCUCCGUCUUCUUCAAGCAAGGGGAGGUGUUCAAGGACAUCGUCGGCAGCGCCUACUACAUCGCGCCGGAGGUGCUCAAGAGGAACUACGGGCCCGAGGCGGACAUCUGGAGCAUCGGCGUCAUCGUCUACAUCCUCCUCUGCGGAGUUCCGCCCUUCUGGGCCGGCAAGGGACAGGUGGACUUCACAAGCGACCCGUGGCCGCGCAUUUCACCGAGCGCAAAGGACCUCGUCAGGAAGAUGCUCACCUCUGACCCUAAGAAGAGGAUCUCUGCCUACGACGUCCUCAAUCAUCCUUGGAUCAAGGAAGAUGGUGAAGCGCCUGACACGCCACUGGACAACGCUGUCAUGAACAGGCUCAAGCAGUUCACGGCGAUGAACCAGUUCAAGAAAGCCGCGCUGAGGGUCAUCGCCGGAUGCCUGUCGGAGGAGGAGAUCAGGGGCCUAAAGGAGAUGUUCAAGAGCAUGGACGCCGACAACAGCGGCACCAUCACCGUGGACGAGCUGCGGCGAGGGCUGGCCAAGCAGGGCACCAAGCUCAGCGAGGCCGAAGUGGAGCAGCUGAUGGCGGCCGCCGACGCGGACGGGAACGGGACGAUCGACUACGAGGAGUUCAUCACGGCGACGAUGCACAUGAACAGGAUGGACAGGGAGGAGCACCUGUACACCGCGUUCCAGUACUUCGACAAGGACGGCAGCGGGUGCAUCUCCAAGGAGGAGCUGGAGCAGGCGCUCAAGGAGAAGGGGCUCCUGGACGGCAGGGACAUCAAGGACAUCAUCUCGGAGGUCGACGCCGACAACGACGGGAGGAUCGACUACAGCGAGUUCGUGGCGAUGAUGCGGAAAGGGACUGCCGAGCAGAACCCGAAGAAGCGUCGCGACGUCGUGUUGUAG